AUUCGAAGCGUGAGCAUCUAGACCAAUCACGGGUCAAGGCACUGCCCCCUCUUGUGCUUUCCCUGUCCCCGCAUACUUCCGGGUGAGGCAGGGUGUGUUCUGCAACCAAUCAGUGGUGGGCAGGGCAAGAGGCGGGAAAGGGAAGCUGCCCACAGGCACCCAAAGCCUGGCUGGCUCUUGAGGGCCUCCCAACCAAUCACAGAUACACACUUCAUAGACUGUCAAGGGUUAAGAGAGAGGUGAAAGGGUUUGCAACGAGAGCUACUCAGGGUGGCAAGACAGAAGCAAGAAAGCGGUGGUAUCCUGAGCCCUUGCGGAGGGAGCUUCCAAGGUUCUUGAGGCGAAGGAGGUUCCGGGCCCAGUCUUUUCACAGAGAGGGUGGGAGGAAGGGCAAAUUCCACAACCACUCAGCAGGGGAGGGGGCGAGCUGGAGGGUAACAUCUCAGCCUUAGACACCUGAAACCCAAGUCCGCGGACCAAUCAGACUCCAAGGCCCUGCCACACCACAGAGCCAGCAGGGUGGGUGGGAGCUCCGCAGCCAAUCGGGGUGGGCGCGAGGUGGGCGAGAGCAAGCGGAGCUGUCCUAGGUGUCUCCCAGAAUGCUGAGCAUGCUCAGCAGGAUGCGGCCAGCGCUGCAGCCAAUCAGCGUCCGCCUCGGAAUGCAGGCGCGACAGGCAAGCUGUGCACGCGCCCGGGGCCUCGAGCUCCUGGGCUCGCGCCGCUCACCACUUUCUAACGGCCACUCGAGCUUGCGCUGCCCUCAGUGUAUGUGAGACUGUGGGAAGAGGAACAGGGUCCGAGUCGGUCCUCUGAGAUUGGUACCCAGGCAAGGCACAAUGCCCCUGUUCCCGACGACAAGACUGCCUAGCCCCUAUGGCUCUGAUCGGCUGGUACGGCUAGCAGCCAGGCUCCGGCCAGCACUAUGUGAUACCUUGAUCACUGUGGAAAGCCAAGAAUUCCCUGCCCACAGCCUGGUCCUGGCAGGUGUGAGCCAGCAGCUGGGCCGCAGGGGCCGCUGGGCUCUGGUGAAAGGCAUCAGCCCUUCUACCUUUGCCCAGCUUCUGUACUUUGUUUAUGGAGAGAGUGUAGAACUGCAGCCUGGGGAACUGGGACCCCUUGAGGAAGCGGCCAGAACCUUGGGGGUGCAGUCCCUGGAAGAGGCAUGCAGGAGGGCUCGACGGGACAGGGCUAGAGAACUGGGUCCAGGGCUCAAGGAACAUCAGGAGGAGCCAGAGAACCCCACAAGGGAUUCUGAGAGAGGACUGGAGGGACAUGGAGAGCAGAGACCAGAGAAAUUUAUUAGAGCUGGGUGGAGAGAACGAGAGAUACUGCACGAGCAAAGGCCAUCAAGAGAGACCCCUGAGAUAGCAGAGGCAAUGCAGGAGGGUGCGGGGGAGCAGAUGAGAUCAAAGGAAAAACUCAAGCAAUCCCCUAUUGGCCAUGGGGGAACAGAUGGGAAGCAAGAAGUGAUUAUGUGGGUGACGGAGAGUCCAAGGGGCUCUGAGGAAAGUCUGCGGGAGUUCUCUGGCCACCAUCCCCCACCAGGUUCCCUCCAAACAAGCGUCAUUCCUAGGCCCUGGUCGGCUGAGGCCCCUUGGUUGGGGGAGAGCCAGCCUGCCCUGUGGAGCAUCCUGCUGUUGCCACCCAGAUAUGGCACUCCCUUCUCCCAUAGCACCCCCAUCACUGGAGCCUGGCAGGAGGUCUGGCCUCGGGACCAGAGGAUCCCACUGUCCCUGAACCCUGAGAAAGGUCUCUGGAACCAGAACCAGUUGGCCAACUCCAGUCCUGCCCCAGGUUUCCUCCCCCAGAGCCCCACAAAGUUCAUCCCUGGGGAGAUGGAAGAGUCUGAUCAGAGGCACACAGGUGCACUUGCAACCUGUGUGGGUCAUGUGAGUACAGCAGGCCCAUCCCACCAACAACCUCCCCCACCCCCACCUGCCCGGUCUCGGCCCUAUUCUUGUUCUGUCUGUGGGAAAAGGUUCUCACUCAAGCAUCAGAUGGAGACUCACUACCGAGUCCACACAGGAGAGAAGCCCUUCUCCUGUAGCCUCUGCCCCCAGCGCUCCCGGGACUUCUCAGCCAUGACCAAGCACCUGCGGACGCAUGGGGCCGCACCCUACCGCUGCCCUCUGUGCCGGGCCGGCUGCCCCAGCCUGGCCUCCAUGCAGGCGCACAUGCGCGGCCACUCGCCGAGCCAGCUCCCACCUGGAUGGACCAUUCGCUCCACCUUCCUCUACUCCUCCUCUUCGAGGCCGUCCCGGGCCUCGACCUCUCCCUGUGGGUCCCCUUCCUCCACCACCUGACGGUGUUGGUAGCUUCUUUGGCUUCAGCCAACAAUACAAUUAAAGAAUGAAAGACGGGCCGCCGGGGCUGCUAGGUUUCUGACCCAGCACCGCAGCUACUGGCAGCCUAGCAAAUUCGGCUCCAAGAAGCACCGCAGGAAAGGCGCUGAAAGCCUUCUCCCAGAUGACCGCGGGCCCCAGAAGUCUGGGCCAGCGAGCCCCUGUGGGGUGUGGGCAGUGAAGUUUGCACGAGUUAAAAUUAAUUGUGCCGGGGCUGGCGAUUCCAUCAAAAUAAACAGUUUCCUGUGCCC